AUGCCGGCGCACGCGGUACCUUCGUCGCUGCCGCUGUUGUUGCCGCCGCCGCCGGCCGUCCAAUACGCCCCCGCGGAACCGCGGUUCCGGCGGUGCGUUCGCAAGUUCUUCGCGCACCUGUUCAGCAAUCUGGGCCUGUUCGGGCUGGUGGCCGGUUACGUGAUCGUCGGCGCGUUCGUGUUCCGUUUCCUGGAGGCCGGCAACGAGCGGCAACAGCGCGACCGCAUCGGACGGCUCAAGAACGACUGCUUGGGCGAGCUCUGGAACAUUACAGGUACAUAUGCAGACUAUAAUAUUCUACUGGCGGACAAACAUUUAACUAAUCAAUAUAGUGAUCUCUAA